AUGUUCCCCGGGCGACCACGAGAAUUCUCAACUUCUCCACCUGCUGCUAUUUUCCCCACCUCCGCGGACCGACCAAUGAACCCCAACAACGACAAGAGGGCCGUGGCAGAAGUCUUUAGUCCAGAACAUAGGCUACAGACCUUUGGAAAUGGAAUCGACAUCCCGCCUUCGUCUAUACGGGGCGGCUUGAAGGAGACCGCCGUGAGCGUUGUCCAAGAAAAGCUCGGAUUAAAGGAAGGCGAGGUCAUCUACACGAGCGGCUAUUCCUCCGAUGUAGCCGACUAUGCGUAUCUCGCUCAAGCUCAUGACAAUAUCCUCUUCAUCAAUGCCGUCGCUAACUUGGCCAUGAAAGAUGGCAAACUCGUGACCUUUGGAUCUUCCUUCGUCAAGACGGCGUCUUCUCAUCCGACUAUUCCAGUCGAGACUGCUGUCAGCGCUGCGGAGAGGAUGACGAGGGCAUCGUACAACGGGAGCCCUACGAAAAUCGAGUACUUGGCACUGUCCAAUGGGACGGUCGCUCUCGUUCACGUCAUCCAGGUUCAGAAUGAUGAAGCGGGCGUGUGGUUGGAAGUCCACGUCGAUGCGCACACUGGAGAGGUCCAUUCUGCAGUUGAUUUUGUGGCGUAG